AUGGAAGAGCUCGAGCGGAUUCAAGCUACAAACUCUCAAGCGGCUACAAUGGUGGCGCAAUAUCAAUUAUCGGAGACAACUAGAGGACAUGGUUCAAGACCUGGCCGUGCCCCAAAUGUCGAAAGACAUAGAGAAGUCCGAGGUCAUUUUCUCCUGGAGGAUUAUUUUGUCGAACGUCCAGUGUAUGACGAAGCAGGCUGUCAAAGGAGGUACAGAAUGCAAACACAUGUCUUCCAACGUAUAAUGGAAGAUCUUUGCAACCUUGAUAGUUUUUGGGGGCAAAAAUCAGAUGCCACUAGAAAAAUGGGAUUGCUUCCUGAACAAAAAAUGACAGGUGCCCUGAGAAUGCUUGUGUACGGUGCAUCUACUGAUCAAUGUGAUGAAAUCACUAGAAUGGGAGCUUCUACAGCGCUGAAAUGUCUGAAGAAGUUCUGUAGACAAGUCGAGUUUCUUUAUGCUGGGUGGUUCCUUCGUCCUCCAAAUCUUGCUGACUUACAUAGGCUUCUCAAUAGAGGACAACGCCGUGGGUUUCCAUGCAUGAUUGAGAGCACUGAUUGCAUGCAUUAG